AUGGACGACGCAGUGCGGACUGCUGACCCAAGCACUGCGCGGUGGGGCCGCCGCUCGACUCUCCUUCUGAUGUGGUCGCUGGCCGAGCUCGUGACCAUCUUGGUGUACGCGUUCGCCGGCCGGCUCUGGGGCUUCGUCGUCGCCGGCGUGCUCCUUGCGCUCGUGUUCAUCUUCACGUGCUACUACUACCUCCGCCGCACGAGGGGGUCUGAGGAGUCAACAACGGUGGGGCAGCAGCAGCAGAAUGAGGUCAACGGCGACGGCGUCGGCGUUGGCCUCAGCCAGGGGGACAUCGAAGCCAUCCCGGCGUUCGAGUACUGCGCGGCGGGCGCCGACGCCGGCGGCGGCAGCGGCUCUGAGCCGUCGUCGUGGUCGUCCGUGGAGGAGUGCGCGGUGUGCAUCAGCGUCUUGCGGGACGGGGAGACGGUCAGAAGGCUGACGGCGUGUGGGCACGCGUUCCAUGCGCGGUGCAUCAACGGGUGGCUGCGUGGGCACGCCACCUGCCCGAUCUGCCGUGCCGGCAUCAAGGUCGUCGCCGGCGACGGUGAGCCAUCCCCAGUGGCGGCGGCUGUGUAG